AUGGCUGCUGGCGGCGAGGAUCUGUGGCGCGAGUGCGCGUCCUGGCUGACGAGAUGUGGCUUGCUACGUCCCGACCAUAAGGCGAACUGGGAAACGAGUUCAAUCCAUGACCUGGCGUACACCCUGCGAGAUGGCGUACUGCUGUGCAACCUGCUCAAUGUGCUGCAUCCAGGCUGCAUUGACAUGAAGGAUGUGAACCAGCGGCCUCAGAUGGCACAGUUCCUGUGCAUGAGGAACAUCAAGGUGUUCCUGCGGACAUGUCACGAGGUGUUUGAGCUGCGGGAGACGGAUCUGUUCGACCCGUCCAUGUUGUUCGACCUGUCCAACUUCCAUCGUGUGCUGUGUACACUGGCCAAACUCAGCCAGUGUCCUAAGGCUCUGGCUAAGAAUAUCAAACCAUUCUCGGCGCUACGAACACAGUCGGAAGAGGACAUCUACAAAGAUCUGCAAUCUGUUAGCGCCAGUGCGACCAUGGCGCCUCCCCCCUACUCGAGCGUGAUAGAGGAGUGCCCCGGGCACCCGGCGGCGGCCGAGGUCCCCUGGGUGCAGUUCACGAUACCCUCUGCCACCUGCGAGGACCGCGUGGAGGAGAUUUACGAGGACCUCUGUUACGUCAAGUUUACAUCAGCGACGCCAGAGCUAGCGACAUCGUCACAUAGUUUAGAAAAGAGAGAUUACGUUAUAAGAGAGCUGGUGGACACUGAGAACAACUAUGUGGAUGUUCUCAGCAAAAUUAUCAAAUACUUCCUGAGGCCACUGAUGCCGUACCUCAAACCUCAGGAUAUGCAAGUCAUAUUCUUCGGGAUUAAGGAACUGCACGAGACACACACAGGUUUAUUAAGGCAGCUGAAGUUAGCAACAGAAGCGUGUGUGCCUGGCAACGGCGCGCCGCGACUGGCGGACGUGUUCCUUGCGUGGCGCGAACGAUUACUGCUCUAUGGAGACUAUUGCUCAAACCUCACCAACGCUCAGGAUACGCUCAAAAAUUUAGAUGCCAGAGAUUCUACCUUCAGUAAACAGUUGGCGAAAUGCCAGAAGGAACACAGCGACGGUCGGAUACAGCUGCGCGACAUCCUGUCGGUGCCGAUGCAGAGGGUGCUCAAAUAUCAUCUUCUGCUUGACAAACUGGUGCAUGAGACGCAGCCCAACCAUGAGGAGUUCCGCGGAUUGGAGAGGGCGAAGGAGGCGAUGGUAGACGUAGCGCAGUACAUCAACGAGGUCAAGAGGGAUAGUGAAGUACUCGCGCUACUUGCUAAAGUACAGGAGAGUAUAAUAGACUGGGAGGGCGGCGCCCUAGGCGCGGGGGGCGCAGGCUUGGCGGCGUACGGGCGCCUCCUGUUGGACGGCGAGCUCAAGGUAAAGGCCCACGAGGACCAGAAGGUGCGCUCGCGGUAUGUCUUCGUGUUCGACAAGCUCAUGUUGCUCUGCAAACCCGUCAAGCUCUUGUCGUCCCAGGACAACCAGUACUCGUACCGCGUGGGAGUGCGCCUCGCUGAGUAUCGAGUGGAGGAGGGCUGCGGCAGGCGCGCGCUGCGGGGGGACGCGCGCUGGGCCUCGCACUUCUACCUCGUCAGACGCACCAAAGACGCAACCUUCACGCUCUACGCACGCACUGAUGACGCCAAACGCAAAUGGGUUAAAGCUAUUAGGGAUGCUAUCGACAACUUGGAGCCUCCAGGCUGUCGGAGUACGAACCAUAAGUUUGUGUUACAUACAUUCGAGAAGCCUGCCACGUGCCACCAUUGUUCCAAGUUCCUCAAAGGAAGGAUAUUUCAGGGUUACCUGUGUACAGUGUGCAAUGCGUGUGCGCACAAGGAGUGCAUCGCUCUGUCGGGGCGCUGCGGAGGGGGACUGGCCCCCGCGCCCCCCCUGCCCCCGCACCAUCACGCGCCCGACCAGGCACUGCACUACUACAUGUGGUACGUGGGCGAGAUGGGGCGCGAGACGGCGACGGCGCGGCUGGAGCGGCGCGUGGACGGCACGUUCCUGCUGCGGGUGCGGCCGCACGCCGCGCACCUCGCGCACCUCGCGCCGCCGCACGCGCACGCUGACACCAACCUCGCGCUCUCGCUCAAGACAGAUAACACAGUGAAACACAUGCGCGUAUGUCGCAAGCCGAUAGACCAGGUCCAGCACUACUACCUGUCCGAGUCGAGGUUCUUCCGCAGCGUCGUAGAGCUUAUCACAUACUACGAGAAAACCAGUCUCUCUGAGAACUUUGAAGGCUUAAACUCAAAUCUCCGCUGGCCAUUCCGUCGCGUUGUAGCGACAGUGAUUCACGAUUUCCGUCCACUGGAGAGCUCCCAGCUAGCACUGCGGCCCGGGGCCAAGGUACUGGUGCUCAGCAAGGAGGGGGACAGUCGGGGCUGGUGGAAGGGGCGUACGCUUGAUAAGGGUGACAACCGCUCAGGCUACUUCCCGAAGGAGUGCGUGCGCGAGGAGCCGGAGUGUAUCGGCGCGCUCGACUGA